CUUCUGAAUCUGAUCUUCUUAUCGCUGAGAAUUGGCCUGCUCCCCGCUCUCGCUGGCCGUCGGUCUCUCCUCCCUCUCACUCUCCCGCUUCCUCCUCGUACGCCGCCGCUGCUCUCCAUGGCUGCUACGGCGAGCCUCGCAGCCACUGCUCCUUGCCCUCCAGCCCUCAAAGCAUCGCCUCCUGCGCUUAUCUCGCUCCGGCCCGUCUCCCGCCGUUGCAAGUCCCUGGCCGUCAAGACCAAGGCCACAGAAAAUGACCAGUCUGCUAAAAAGCCUCAGAAGGUAAACAGCAUUCUUUGCCAGGACUGCGAAGGAAAUGGAGCAAUCGUGUGCACCCAAUGUGAGGGAAGUGGGGUGAAUUCUGCUGACCAUUUUAAUGGCCGAUUUAAAGCUGGAGCUUUGUGCUGGCUUUGCAGAGGAAAGCGUGAAAUCCUAUGUGGGAGCUGCAACGGUGCUGGUUUCUUGGGUGGAUUUCUGAGCACAUUUGAUGAAACUGCGGAAUAGGGUCGUUGUUUAUGUUCUUCUUUCUAUUUAAAUUGUAUUUGAAAAAAUAUAAGUAAUGUUUUAUUUGCGUUAUUUUGAAACCCGUGGAGGCAAUUUGUUCCUCAUAAGAAGUUUUAUAAUUUGUAUUUUCUAUUGAACAUCCCUUUAACACUUUUCAUGGAAAAGAAUGUAUACAUUAACAUGUAGGCUUGGAUCCACCUUGUCAACUCCA